AACAAAAAGCUACCCAGAUAGCUAUACGGGUUUUAUUGGUGCCUGGUCAGGAGGCACACGCAUUAGAGAACGGGAUUUCAGGAACCCUACAGAAACCAGCAGACAUCCUUAGGGUUGAUGUGCUCAGUACCUUUGUAGCAUAUUACUAGCAGGUGAAGCUUUGGAGGUGGGACAAGAUUAAAAAGCGUUGGGAGAAGAGGAACUCUCAGCAUGGGGGCAAGUGAGAGCAAAGAGAUUCCUAAAGUUAGCCCCUUGGGAUCUGUUUUGGCACACUGGAAAGAGCUGGUGGGCUAUGGUGGCACAGAAACCAAGAAGGAGCUUGUUAAGUUUUGCACACGAUGGUGGCCACUUUAUAGACUUGAAGAGGGGGUGAAAUGGCCAUCAACUGGGACGUUUGACUAUGAAACUUUAUUACAGUUAAUGCUUUUUCUUAGGCGUGAACAGAAGUGGCAGGAGGUUACUUAUGCUGAUACGUUUUUCACCCUUCAGAAACACCCCGAGUGGCAAUGGGAUUGUGGGAUUAGGCCACCCUCUGGCCCCUUUGUACUGACUCUCGAAAAGGAUUAUAAAGCUAACAGGGGAAAGCUCAAGCGGUGUUGUAGUGCCUGUUCAAUUGACCAAAGAUGCAUACAUCCUGACAAGGUAUACCAAACAGAGGCUUCCCCACCAACUCCCGAACCACGAGAGCCAAACCGACUGUACCCACCGUUGCCCCCCAGUGACAGUGAGGAGGAAGAGCCCUCCCCACAGGGUCCUAUAGCAUCAAGGACCCAGAAACAAACCAGAGAGGUCUUACAAGCACCUCUGAUGGAAGCAGUAACCCCUAAAGGGACGAUAAUGCUGAUUAGAGUUCCCUUUUCUACGCAGGAUCUGGAGGCCUGGGAAAAGAUUGCUAAGAGGUAUCAGAGUGAUCCAACAGGUGUUGCUAGGAGAUUGAGGUUUAUGAUUAAACAGCAUAAUCCCGAUUGGGAUGACAUGCAGCUACUGCUUGAUGCUUUAACAGAGACAGAGAAGCAAAUGGUUUUGAAAGUAGCUAGGGAUCUGGCCGAGGAUGUUUGUAGAAGAACACAGGAGCACAUUAAGGAUGUACUUCCCCUUCAGGAUCCAGGUUGGGACCGUAAGUCGGAGGGCUUAGGUCGGCUAAGGAGAUACCAAGAAUUGAUAGUGAAGGGGUUGGAAAGAGCCAUUCCUAGGCCAUCCCUGUACGCUAUUAAACAGGGGCCCUCUCAAACACCUACUGAAUUUCUCGAUCAGUUGCGAGAGGCAAUGCGUUUGCAUACCACCUUGGAUCCUCAGUCUGAUGAAGGAACACCAUACUUGGUGAACUUGUUUGUAGGGCAGUCUACAGGAGACAUCAGGCGAGAGCUUCAGAAGAUCCGGAGCCCAGCAAGCUGGGACUUAGAGACUUUGCUGGAUGAAGCGUGGAGAGUUUUCAGCAGUCGGGAAGAGAGGUAUAGACAGGGGAUGAGGCAAUUAGUAAGAGUAAGGGAGGAAGAAAAGGGAAAACGUGGACAAGGACCACCCCGACUGGGAAAAGACCAAUGUGCAUUUUGUAAGGAAUUUGGACACUGGAAGAACCAGUGUCCAGAACGAAGGAGGGAUGAUAAACAGAGAAGAGGUGAUCGAGAAGGAGAAAGGUGGUUGCUCAUGUAAAGGAGGACUGAAGAGGACUGGAGGGCCCUACUCUGGGGGACUCUCUGGUUGUAGUCAAACUGGGGAACAAAGAGAAAGAGGUGGAAUUUUUAGUAGACACAGGGACAACAUAUUCGGUGUUAAACAAGGCCCUGAUACCCAUAACAAAUGAUUACGUUAUGGUAAGGGGGGCAGCUGGCCAAACUGAAAGAGCCAAUUUUUGCAAACCACUGAAGUGUAAAUUGGGAAAACAGUGGGGAAUUCAUUGAUUUUUGUACAUGCCUAAAACGCUCCAUCUGCACUUUUGGGCAGGGAUCUGCAAGAGCAGCUGGAAGCAAAAAUAAUAUUUAAAAAUGGGAAAAUUAGUUUGGAGGUAAAAGAUGAACAAUAUGUGGAAUUGUUAAGCUUAAUGCUAAUAACCAAAGAAGUUAGAGCUGCAAAUGAGGAAGAAAAUAUUAAGAAAAGAAUGGAUCAGGUAUUGCCUGGGGUGUGGGCCCACUGGUAGAAUGCUCUACCAGUACAAAUCCAGCUUAAAGAAGGAAAACAACCAGUAAAUGUCAAACAAUAUCCCUUGAAAAAGGAAGACAGAGAAGGGAUCAGUCCAAUUAUCGAGAACUUUUUGCAGGAAGGAUUAUUAAAAGAGUGUCAACCUGAUUUUAAUACUUCUGUUAUGUCUGUGAAAAAGCUUGAUGGGUCAUACAGGUUAGUACAAGAUUUAAGGGCUGUUAAUAAGGUAACUGAAGACUUGUACCCAGUGGUUGCAAACCCUUGCACCUUGUUAACUCAUUUAACACCUGAACUAACCUGGUUUACUGUUUUAGAUUUGAAGGAUGCUCUCUUUUGCCUCCCUCUCCACAAGGCCAGCCAGAAAAUUUUUGCAUUUGAAUGGAAGAAUCCCGAAACUGGAUGUAAAAUUCAGCCCACAUGGUGUGUACUACCCCAGGGGUUCAAGAGCUCCCCCACCAUAUUUGGAGAGCAGCUUGCAAAGGAUUUGGAGUCUUGGGAACCCCCACCAGGAGAAGGAUAGCUGCCUCAGUAUGUGGAUGACCUCUUAAUAGCCACCCAGACCCAGGAGGCAUGUGUGGAUUGGACGGUGAGCCUCCUAAACUUUUUUAUCCCAAAAGAAAGCCCAGAUGGUGAAACAAACAGUUAUUUACCUGGACUGUGAAGUAAGUGCUGGACAAAAGACCUUGGGGCAAGACCGCAAGGAAGCAACAUGCCAAACCCCAAAACCCCAGACAGUAAAAGAACUGAGAACAUUUCCAGGCAUGAUGGGCUGGUGCAGACUGUGGAUUUAUAACUAUGGAUUGUUCGUUAAACCCCUGUAUGCCUUAAUCACGGAAGGGACCAGGGAUCUUCAGUGGACAACAGAAACAGCAUGAGCCUUCAACCAACUGAAGAAGGCUCUUAGGUCAGCUCCAGCCCGGGGACUUUUAGACGUGAGUAAGCCAUUCUUUCUGUUUUCUCACAAAAAGCAGGGGAUUGCCUUGGGAAUACUAGCACAGAACUUGGGUCUGUACUGGAGGGCAGUCGCCUCCCUCUCCAAACAGCUGGACACUGCAGCCAAGGGGUGGCCAGGGUGCCUCAGAGCUGUUGCAGCAGCAGCAGUGAACAUCCAAGAGGCAUGGAAAUUCACCCCAGGCCAGAAGAUGACUGUGCUAGUAUCACUGUGCUAGUGUCUGCAGUCCUGGAGGCAAAAGGGGGACAUUGACUUUCCCCACAGAGAUUCUUGAAGUACCAGGCUAUAUUGGUAGAACAAGAUGAUGCUGAGAUUGUGGUAACUAACAUUUGUGAACCCAGCUUCCUUCCUCAGUGGGAGUGUGGGAGAACCAGUGAUCCACGACUGCCUGGAGACCAUUGAAGCCACCUACUCCAGUCACCAGAUCUGACAGCCCCUCUCGAGGACGCUGGGAGCUGGUUCACUGAUGGGAGCACCUAUAUCAUCAGUGGAAAAGACAUGCUGGGUAUGCAGUUACCACAAGCAGAGAGGUAAUAGAGUCUGUACCAUUGCCAACAAACACCUCUGCACAGAAGGCUGAAAUAAUUGCCUUAACCCAGGCCUUAGAGCUGGCAAAAGAAAAAGAAAUUAACAUUUAUACAGACUCGAGGUGUGCAUUUGGGGUGGUUCACACACACAGAGCUAUUUGGAAAGAGAGAGGACUGUUGAACUCACAAGGGAAGAAUAUUAAACACACACAAGAAAUACUAAAACUAUUAGAUGCAGUUCAGUUACCUGAAAAGGUAGCUAUUAUGCACAUCAAGGCACACCAAAGUAAGCUCUGAAUUGGAAAAGAGAAACGUGCUGGCAGACAGAGAGGCAAAAGACGCAGCCAAAGGUGAGGCACAAAAUGAGACAAUUGAGGCAACAUUGAUUCCAGAUGGAAAAACUUCUAUUGAAGGUAAGCCAGUAUAUAACAAAAAGGACAGGAAACUUAGUAAGAUAGAAAAUGCAAGUUAUAAUCAGGAGGGGUGGGGUAACAGAAGAAGGAAAACUUGUGCUACCCUUCUAUUUAUUGUGGUCAUUAGUGCAGAAAGAACAUGAGAAAACACACUGGGGAAUAGAGACCCUGUAUAACCAUAUGAAAGAUAGGAUCAUGGCUAGAAAAUGACAGGGCACAGUGGUACAGGUAACUUGUCAGUGUGGUCUUUGCCUCUGAACUAAUCCUAAGAACACUCCAAAGCCUAAAGUUGGGAAAGGUUGUGGACCUGGGCAGCAAUGGCAAAUUGAUUUUACAGAAUUACCCAGGAAAGGGGUACCUGUUGGUGUUAACAGAUAGGGUGGCCAGAAGCCUUCCCUACCAGGAUAGCUAAGGCACGAGAGGUGACCAAAGCACUAUUGAAAGAAACAAUACCACAUUUUGAAGUUCCAGCUGCCGUGUCUUCAGAUAGAGGGACACACUUGAUUUCAAAAAUUGUGCAGCAAAUUAGCCACCACCUGGAGAUAGAUUGGGAAUUGCAUACCCCAUAUCAUCCUCAAUCCAGUGGCCAGGUGGAAAAGAUGAACCAUUUGAUCAAACAACAAAUUGUAAGACUGGGGCAAGAAGCGAAUUUGCCCUGGCCCCAUGCUCUUCCAUUGGCAUUAGUGUGAAUUUGAAAAAAACCAAGAGCAAAAGAGACAAUAAGCCCUUUUGAAAUGUUGUGUGGGAGACCAUAUGUGGUUCAAGAGGAAACAAAGCCCAUUCAAGUAGGAGAAGAAAUCCUACACAGAUAUAUGGUGGCCCUGAAAAAACAACUUGGAGAGUUGAAAAAUAUGUGGCUGGGGCCCAAAACAGAAAAUUAGAUUGGCCAGUACAUCCAUGUACCAUCCAUUAGAUGGGCCAGUACAUGAUGUACAACCUGGGGAUUAUAUAUAUGUUAAGUAUUUUGCAGAGAAGACCCUGGAACCACAGUGGGAAGGACCAUUCCAGGUGCUCCUCACCACUUUCACUGUGGUCAGGGUUAACAAACAGAAGGCUUUGAUCCAUCACUCCUGAGUGAAGAAGGCCCUGAAGGAAUUUGGAAGGUCACACCAAGUGACGAAGAGCUGAAGCUGAAAUUCACUUGGAAUAGCGAGUAAUGGACUUAUAGUUAUCAUGGACAUAAUGUGAAAGCUCGUUGCCACAGAUAUAAUAGGAGUCAAAAAAACACCACGUGGGUAUAAUGUAACUAGGAUAUUUAAAAGCUUAUGAUCCCUACUCUCAUAGGGCUUUGAGUAAAAUGCUAAGAGUCAAGUAUGUGGGAAGGGAAAAAUGUUUGGGGAUGUGAAUAUGUAUUCAUAUAUAUUCCAUGAGGAUCACCAUCCACCUAUGGAACUCAUCCAAGUCGGUUCUGGAUGCUGCAACAAAUGCUUAACCACGUGUCCUGAGUUUAGACUCAAAAUUGAAGGGUGUGCAGCAAAAGGGUUUAAUCUUGACUUUAACACCACCCAGGUAUGCACUGAGUUUCAUAAGGAUAAGGCCAAGACAACCCCACCAGUGUCAAAGAAGGCUAUAACAACCCAAACUUCAGUUAUUUUAGAAGAGGAACAGUUUACUACUCCCACAAUUACUAAAAUUGGGCCAUAUGCUAUUAAGAAAACAGAAUUUCAGAGGCUAUUGAUAAACCUGGAAUGGUCUCUAAAACGAGUAGAAAUGGGGAUGCAAGUAAAUGCUUCUGCCAUCUGGCCAGAAUGUGCCCCAUUUCUCAAAACUUCUUCUAUGGAUCGGACCACUUGGCUUCAAAACCAUAUGCCCUCUAAUUUCAGGAAAAAAGAGAGAUUUUACUGGGUUAUUAGGGACAGGGUUGGGAGUUUUAAAUACAAUGGAUUCAGAAGUGUAAAUGAGCAAAUUGUCAGCAAUGGGGAGCAAUUUGGUUGCAUUACAGCAGCCUUUGCAAUCCUCUUUGUUGGCGCUAGGUAACAAUCAUUGAAAUUGUCCAAAAUAUUACCAGCAUGGGAAAACACAGAAGAGCGGGAUCAUGAAGUGAUAAUUAAUGCGCUAGGCACAGCUAGUGAAAACAUCUCCUUGGCUCUUGGCUGUACUCAAGCACAAAUGUGGAUGCAGUCAGUGGCUGCCGCCGUUAUCAGGGAAC